AUGCCAUCCUGGUCGUCCUCGUCUACCGUCACCAAGACGCCCAAGCAGCGCAAGUCGGCGUCUGCAGCGUCGUUGUCUUCGAAGAAGGAGACACUCGCCGACAAGGCUGUCGCCGAUGCGAAUGACUUCUUCUGGACUUACACGGAGGAACCGCAUCGCACCAGACGGCUGGCUAUCAUCAAAGCCCAUCCAGAAAUCACAAAGCUUUGCGGACCAGAGCCUUUGACCAAAUGGGUUGUUCUCGGCGUCGUCACACUACAGGUCCUUCUUGCGAUAUACCUUCAUUCGACACCAUUCUUCUCUCUCAAAUUCUGGGGCAUUGCAUACGUUAUCGGAGCGACGGCGAACCAAAAUCUAUUCCUCGCAAUCCACGAGAUCUCUCACAACCUCGCCUUCAAGAAUCCUUUGGCCAAUAGGCUGCUUGCCAUGGGCGCGAAUCUGCCCAUUGGCAUCCCUUACAGUGCCUCCUUCAGGUCCCUCGGCGUCGAUGGCAUGGACACUGAUCUUCCGACCGCCUUCGAAGCAUGGGUACUCGACUCCAUCCUGGGCAAGGCCUUCUUCUGCACAUUCCAGAUCUUCUUCUACGCCAUCCGCCCAAUGACCGUCUACCGCGUUCCUCUUACAAAGAUCCACUUGCUCAACAUCGUUGUACAGCUCGCCUUCGACGUUGUUCUUCUGCGCUUCUUUGGUGUCAAAAGUCUCUUGUACCUGCUACUGAGCUCGUUUCUGGCCGGAAGCCUCCAUCCCUUGGCGGGGCAUUUCAUUGCCGAGCACUACGUGUACGAGACUAUUACCCCGAAGGCGCGUGAUCCGAACAAUCGUGUUCCGGUGCCCGAGACGUUUUCUUACUAUGGCCCUCUAAACUGGUUGACGUACAAUGUCGGUCUGCACAACGAGCACCACGACUUUCCUGCUGUUCCGUGGACCAGGUUGCACGAGGUGAAUCGCAUUGCGGCAGAUUUCUACGACGACCUGCCUCGCCAUGAGAGUUGGGUCAUGGCCAUAGUAAGGUUCAUUUUCGACAAGAACGUUGGCAUGAGGUGCCGCGUGAAGAGGGAAAGCGGAGGUCGUGUUGUAGGCGGCGGUAGCGGGUGGACAGAGAGCGAAGUGCAAAACUAG